CAAACUGUCUCCUGCCAGUCAGAAAUCGCAUACAUGAUUACACGACCUGUCUCGAGGUCGCACAUAUGCCUGAGCUGUCGGCGAAGCUUGGCCAAACGCAGAUCUCCAGCAGGGUAUCAAGUUGCUCGACAAUCAACAGGUGCGAACCCUCAGCCAGCUUUACCGGUACAACCUCGAGAUGAUAGACCUCCAGUCUGCAAUGGCGAUGUUGUCAGAAGAGCCUUUGGUCCAGGCCCGAAGGUCUCUCAUCAACCACUCGGCCGUCUACACGGGCACCGUGGGGUCAAGGUUCGAGAGAAUCUCGAGAAUUUACCCACGACCAGCUUAGGGAAAGCUGCGAAUGUCAUCGUCCUCCGAGAUUCUGGGAUUACGGUAUACGAGAAGAGAGACCAUGUGAAAGACAAGAAGGCCGAGCAUAUUGAUAUCCUGGGCCAGUUGGCAGACGAAAGGGGGUUAGUUGGAGAAGAGGAGGUCAACAGAAAUAUCACCGGCUUCAAACCCAAGCAAGGAGCGAAGCCUGAGACUUGGGAUGAUAUCAACGCCCUGGUGCGCGAAUUGCAAGAUGGUUUCACACAAACACAAUUGGAAAGGUACAUCGAGGUAUUCGAGGGCAAACGAGAACCGAUUAGUCCUCCAGAAGAAUGGGUCAAUGAGGAGGAGACAGCCUCUAUUCUAGCAAUCACACCUUGGCAGCCGGGCAUAUCGAAUGACACAGAUCACUUCGACAACGAUCCUCUUCGUGGUUAUUUUCUCGAGUCGCAUACUUCCAAGCAACGAGUCAUCCUACGAUUGUUGAGAGAGUGCUGGAUGUUGGAGCUGCCAGAACUCGAGGAGGGUCUUGGUCAAUUCGAAAUCAAAAUCAACCUGGAUGACCUCGUGGUUCUCCUUAUGGGAUCUUUCUCUGUUUUGAGCGGCAUACGCGCAAAACAUUUAAUCCUCGAAGGAGAAAACCUCGAGGCUUUCCCAUCACGAGACGUGAUACGAGUCACAACUACACAUGGCAAGAAGAAUUUGCUUGUUGAAGCCGUUGAAGAGGCAGUGAAGGGUGUUCAGAAGAAAAGACUUGCCCUUGGAAGUCUAUACCCAACAUCCCUUGGUACGCCUACAGUGACAAAGCUACGAAAAUGGGCACGGAAGAAUUUCGAUGACGAGGUUCUCCAGGAACUAAGCCGCAUGUCGGGCACCUCAAUAUCAAGAAAGGCGAAACACAAGAUCCUAAUAUCCUCCACUGGCAACAAAUCGGACGCUUUGCGAACAAAAAACGAUACUGCAACCCGACUCCUACUAACAUCUGGAAAUUUCUCCGACAGAGUUCACUAUCAGCUGGCGACCCAUGUAGACCCCACAAAAGGACUUGAAGGAACUUUGAUUAAUUACCCCUUAGCUAAAGAUGGCCUCCCGUGGCGAGAACGACUUCGGAAUUGGUCAAGAUGGACAACCCCUACUGGAAAGAAGAAUGCCAUUCCAUACGAGUUGCAUAUGAAUCCAAACAGGCAUCCUCCAACCAUAAUUUUUAGUGCCCCAGUAGAGCCUCGAGAGAAAUUGAAACCUGGCAGGACCAAAAAGGCGAAACCAGCUGAAAAUGGCAUUGAGCCUUACUGGAGCUCAGAUCUAUUUACAGAGACCUCGGUGCUUUUCGGAAGCGUUCUCCAUAGCCCACUUCAACCAAUGCCUCGCCCUACCCCCCCCGAAGAGCUAGCAAACGAUUCCGUCGUGCACACUUUCUCCACGCAUGUCCCAAACAUAUCACAACUACUCAGCAAAGCCAGCACGAAACAAGAUAAAGUGAAGGCUGAACACGAUCUUCAACGCUUGAUUGUUCGCUUCCAGCCCAAUCCCUUUCACGUACCACCAACCGGGAAAGGAGAACUCACGAGGGGUCCACUUGGCCCCGCCGCCCUCUCAGCAUUCCCUCCAAUAGAGAUGAUAUUCGAUAUCACAGACGACAAUGCCAAGUCAGUGAAGUUGAAAUACAUCCAGGCAGUUGUUCAUGAAGGGAAGAAGGACGUCAUGCUUCCAGGAAGUGCAGUCGAUCUUCGUUUCCACCAGCGCACCACAAGCAAGCUGAAGCGGAGAUACAUCGACCAAGUGGAGGACUUCUUGAAGAGGAGCAACUUGGAUGUCGCAGGCAACGCACCCUUGGAGACCCCGCGUUCAAUCACUCUCCCUAUUUCCAGCAAUAUCUGCCGCGAGCCAGGCUUUAAGCUCCUUGAUGGCAAAGAUUCGAAGACGAGCAGCGAACAUAUGAAAGAUGUUCGUGAUGUGGAGUACCUGUACGCCGGCCUCGAGAUUCAGCGGACUCGCGCUUUCACUUACAGCGGAUGGCUUUUAUUGUAUACUAGCUGUGAGGCCGGGAAGGCUGGAGGUGCACGAGGUGAGCUGAGACUUCGGCCAAGGAAACAUGGCGAAGUUAUGCAGGAGGAGGACCUCGUGUGGUUUGCAUACAGAGUGGCGCGCGUCAUCACGAGUGGGGGCGAGGGCGAUGACGAUAAAGCGAUGUUCAAUGAAGCUGCGAUCAAGAGGGUGGCGGCUAAGGAUUCGAGGACAUUGCCGCCGGCACGCUCUCCAGCCAUGUUGGUAAGGCAGGUUACUAGCAAGGAGCCUGAGGAGCCGUGGUAUUUUGGGGACAAGUAUUUUGCGAAGCGGCCUUUGGAGUUUGAUGGGGAUGAGGACGAGUUGGUGGACAGGGAGCCGCCUUUUCAAACAAAUUUAGAUGAUGAGGGGGUUGGUAAUACCUGGGAAGAAGGCGAACCAACAAAGAAGGGCGACGAUGGUGACCGGGAGGGCGAUAUUUGAGGUGACUCGGAUCAAUACCAGUGAUGUUGUACAUUAUAUAUAAGGUAUGGGCAGGGCAUGAGCUUAGAAUUGGAUGGGUUACAUGUACGAUAGGCAUUGUACGGCGGACUGGAAGAUUUGACUAGUAUACAUCCAACUCUUACCCGCUUCGGAUACUCGAAGUCAGCUAACUUUAGGAAUGAGAGCAAGCCCCUGAAGCGGAGGAUUCUCUACCAGUAAAUGAACCUCUUUAUGCAACCUCAAUUCAAUCCAGAUGAAC